AUGGGGUGGGAAAGCUUUUGCGCAUACGCGGUGACAGGUGCUGGCAAGAGGAGAAGGGCGAAGACGCGAAGGCGGAAAAGAGCAGAGGGAAUCCAGGUCGAAAGGAAGGAGCGCAACAUGAGCGAGAGCCUGGACGCAUCGCUGUCGGGGUUCGUCAACGUGCUCGGAGUCUUGGUGUUUGUGUCCAUCACCGUGUACCACGUAGUCACGGCCAACCGAAAAGACAUUGCAUCAUGA